AAUGCAUUUAUAGCUUAAAGCUUUGAUUUUUAUUAAGAUGUAUUUGAUUUGUUGGCGAACCAAACCAAACCAAACUGUUUGUCGGUUAUUUAUUACUGUCGACGAUUUUGUGGGCGUUUUCUUCUCUUCCGAGGGAAAAAACAUGACCUGUUUUGCCACUCCCUAACCCUUUUCCUUUUUCAUCAUGCCUUGAAGUUUUGCUUAGUUUCAUUAAUAGGUUAUGAUUGAAAUGGAAAGAAACAUGCCCUACUUUAUUAUUGCAAUUAAUUAUGUUUCCCGUAUUUGUUAUAGUAGCAAUUAUUUCUCGGAUGGGUUUCUUUUGCUUCUGCUCCUAUUCACUGACCUGUUUUGCAAAACAUGUUUUUCUUAACUCGUUCAAAACACUAACUUGUAUUAAGUCCUCAACAUGGAGUGUGGGGCUUUCAAUAAUGAUGACAUUAACUAGUGACUUAACUUGGUUUCAUUGCCAUGGAGCUGAAUUCACAGCAGAGACCAUUUUCAAUCAAAUUAUGGCCUCCUAGUCAGAACACUAGACAGACCCUUGUGGAGAGGAUGACCAACAAUCUGACUACUAAAUCUCUUUUCACACAGAAGUAUGGAACUUUGGACAGGGAAGAGGCUGAAGAGAAUGCAAAGAGGAUUGAAGAUGUGGCUUUUACAACAGCAAAUCUACACUACGAGAAAGAGCCAGAUGGUGAUGGAGGUUCUGCAGUCCAGCUUUAUGCCAAAGAAUGUAGUAAGCUCCUCCUAGAUGUUCUUAAAAGAGGACAUGGUAAAGAGGAUAACAAAGAAUUGGUGACAUCUGUUAAUACCACUGCACUUCGUGAAUCUGUUUUUGAUAUAUCUAAAGGCCAAAGGACCUUCAUUGAAGCAGAUGAGGCACGAGAACUCUUAAGUCCAUUAAAGGAAGUGGGAAAUUCUUUCACCAAAAUAUGCUUUAGCAACAGAAGCUUUGGAGUAGGAGCAGCGCAAGUUGCGGAGCCCAUACUCAGUUCCCUCAAGGACCAAUUGAAAGAAGUAGAUCUAUCAGAUUUUAUUGCUGGAAGAUCAGAAGCAGAAGCUCUUGCUGUUAUCAAGAUAUUCUCAACUGCCUUGGAAGGCAGUGUCCUCAAGUCUUUAAACCUCUCUGACAAUGCAUUAGGUGAGAAAGGUGUUAGAGCAUUUGGAGCACUUCUGAAAUCACAGAAAUGUUUGGAGGAGCUUUAUUUGAUGAACGAUGGAAUCUCAAAGGAAGCUGCUCAAGCAGUUUCUGAGUUGAUUCCUUUCACAGAGAAACUCAAAGUUCUUCAUUUUUAUAAUAAUAUGACUGGAGAUGAAGGCGCAUUAGCUAUAGCUGAGGUUGUGAAGUGUUCUCCUUUAUUGGAGAAUUUUCGUUGUUCCUCCACAAGGAUAGGCACCGAGGGUGGAGUUGCCUUAUCUGAUGCUUUAGGAAGUUGUACCCAUCUGAAGAAGCUUGAUUUACGAGAUAACAUGUUAGGUGUGGAGGGUGCGGUUUCUCUGAGCAAAGCUCUUACCAAGCAUGCAGAGCUAAGAGAGGUAUAUCUGAGCUACCUGAACUUUGAAGAUGAUGGUGCAAUUGCUGUAGUUGAUGCCCUUAAGGAAUCAGCUCCACAUCUUGAAGUUCUAGAGAUGAGUGGAAAUGACAUUACAGCUGAUGCUGCUCCUGCAAUAGCAGCCUGUGUAGCAGCGAAGCAGUUUCUUUCCAGGCUGAACCUCUCUGAGAAUGAACUCAAGGAUAAAGGUGCCAACCUGAUAAGUAAGGCUCUAGAAGGCCAUGUCCAAUUAAAGGAAAUUGAUCUAAGUUCCAACCAAAUAACCAGAGCUGGGGCUCAACAAUUGGCUGUGACCGUGGUGCAAAAGACUGAUUUCAAACUUCUGAACAUUAAUGGGAACUUCAUUUCUGAUGAAGGCAUUGGUGAGUUGAUGAAAAUAUUUAAAAAAUCUCCAGGCACGCUUGGUCCAUUAGAUGAUAAUGACCCUGAUGGAGAGGACAAUAAUGAAGAAUCUGAUGAAGAAGGUGGUGCGGAUGAACUGGAGUCCAAAAUGAAGAACCUUGUAGUUGAUUAAACGGUAGUAACUAAAGUCUACUUCAUGUUCUACUGCACAAGUAACUCUUAUGACAGUAGUAGAGGGUUUCUUGACCAUUUUAUUCCUGGCAGUUUAUGUAACUAUUAAGAAGCAUCAAUUGUCAGUAGUCAAUCCUUGAGGGGGCAUAAAAUGUCUGCAAUGAAAUCUUUGAUUUCAGUGUUUCCUUUCAUAGUUUCGUUUUAUUUUGCUAGAUUAUGUUAUUUUCAGUUGUAUCCCCCCAGUCAUCAGUGUAAUGACACCCUGUAAUCGAUGCUGUGUUAUUUUGUUUAACAUCUGAUUCUGCUAGCUAUUUAACUAAGCUAAUGGAUCUUUCCCUUUUUGAACCUAAA